AUGGAGGAAUGCUUUGUAAGGGCUUAUUUUGUAACAAGACCCAUGCUAGCAGUCAACUUUAUAUACUUUCAUGUCGAGUUUUUGUUUCUAAUGGUUGCAAAGGGCUUGAAGUGCGAAACAGGAACUCUGUCAAUUAUAAAUGGCUUGAAUGGGCAAGCCAAUUUCAAGAAAGCGAAGGAGCUUGUUUUGUAUUUUGGAUCAGAGCAGAGUACACAAGAAAGAGAAGAAACUCUGAGAGUCAGAAUGGAGCUUCUCCAUGUCAUUCCAUGGCUUCUAUUCUUAACCAGUUCUCACCUGUUGUCUACCAUGGAGGCAGCAAAACCCACAUCUGGUGCUCCGUCCUUUCCAUACCCAUUUAUAACCUUGGACUUGGAGAAAGCAGCUGCAAGAAAAUACGAUUAUAUAAUCGUUGGAGGAGGUACAUCUGCGUGUCCUCUGGCUGCAACUCUGUCACAAAAUUACACUGUUCUGGUACUGGAAAGAGGAGGAUCUCCUUAUGGAAAUCCUGAGAUUGAGAGCGGUGAAUAUUUUGGGAAGCCAUUGAUGGAAACAGAUAAGUUCACUUCCAUAGCUCAGGGAUUUAUGACUGAGGAUGGAGUGCAGGUGGACAGAGCCAGAGUUUUGGGGGGUGGAACUGCUCUGAAUGCUGGGUUUUACAGCAGAGCGAGCAGAACGUACAUUCAACGCAUGGGAUGGGAUGAAAAGCUGGUGAAUGAAUCUUUUUUGUGGGUGGAGAAAAUGAAUGCCUUUGAACCAGAUCACCUUUCACGCUUCUCCUCUGCUCUGAAAGACGCCCUGCUGGAAGUGGGAAUUCGUCCUGAUAAUGGGUAUACUGUGGAUCAUGUUGAGGGCACCAAGAUUAGUGCUUCCACCUUUGACAACAAUGGGAAACGACAUACUGCUGCAGAUCUGCUCAAGAAUGCAAACCCAAAUAAUAUUGUUGUUCUGCUUAAUGCCACUGCUUCCAGAAUUCUCUUCAAUUCUUCAUCAGGAAAGUUGAAGGCUCAAGGGGUAGAAUUCAUGAACUCCGUCAGUGGCGGUUCUUACCAAGCAUUAAUUGAUGAGUCAUCAUGUUGUAGUGAAGUAAUUUUGUCAGCAGGAAGUAUAGGAAGUCCUCAACUCUUGCUCUUAAGUGGAAUAGGCCCCUCCAGAGAUCUUAGAAAGAUAAAUAUACCCGUCCUCAAACAUGUGCCUUCAGUAGGACAAGGGAUCCAAGAUAACCCUCGUGCAACGAUAAUACUGCAAUCCCCUAUACCAUUGAAUACUUCUAGUAUACAAGUAGUGGGAAUUAUGAACAGUUCUGCAAACUACAUAUUUUCUAGUAGCUUUGUGCAACAAACCCCCUCAAAUGGCUCUGGUGUCAUAAAUUCAUAUGGUGGAGUAAUCUUUGAGAAACUAGCUUACCCUUUAUCAAGGGGAAGCCUAAGUCUAAUUAGCAAGGAUCCUAGAGAAAACCCUUCUGUUCGCUAUAACUAUUAUUCUAACCCUCAAGAUCUGCAAAAAUGUGUGCAAGGGGUCAAGGUAAUAGCUGGCAUUUGUGAAACAAAUUCUAUGAAGAAUUUUGCUUAUAAUGACAAGUCCAGUGGCACAAGUGGGCUACGUUUCACUGGGCCAUCUUUGCCUAAGAAUAAAUCUGACGAGGUAGCCUUGGGCAAGUUUUGCAUGGAAAACAUCAACACCAUGUGGCAUUUUCAUGGAGGAUGUGAUAUUGGUUCCGUGAUUGACAAGAGGUAUAGGCUCAAAGGUGUUGAUGCUCUAAGAGUUGUUGAUGGUUCCACUUUCAGGGAUGGCCCUGGUACUAAUCCACAAGCAACCACUAUGAUGCUUGGAAGGUAUGUGGGAGUGAAGAUUCUACGAGAGCGUGGGGCUUCUACAUGAGUCAAGGAGAAAUUUCCAGUGUUCAUGCCUUAAAUCUUUUUUUUUUAUUGAAGUGUUCAAUAUUACAUAUUGGGUGUAUUUUGACACAUGAUUAAGAUAUUAGUCAAUGAAUAUAUUAUGAGGAAUGAUGUAUAGAGGUUGGAAGUACUUGAAACAACCCAAUAUAGUAGAUUAGUGUUGUAAUGGAGGUUUUUAAUAUAUUAUUGGUGGUUUCUCUA